CAAUCAGCUGUUGAGCGACGGAGAAAUAAACAAGCGAAGUGUGUUUGUGGGGCACAUUUUUCGGGGCUUUUUUCAGUGAUUCUCACACUGUUCAGCAUGCUGAAUCCCGAGGAUGACAGUGUGAUAUGCAGUGACACGGCGAAACCACGCAAAAUCAAGCCCCAAAAUAUCGUGAAUCGCCUGAUUGAGCGCGAAACGUGGGGCUUUCGGAGGCCCGGAAGCAAUAUUUACAAUGUAAAGCGAUUCUACCAGAACAUCUUCCCCAAUCUCACGGUGGUGAAUGUGGAGAAGCCCGCGUGCUUCCUCAGGAAGUUCACGCCGGACGGCAAGUACCUGAUUGCCUUCUCCUUCGACCAGACAUCGCUGGAGAUCUACAAGUAUUUGGGCGUCACGUCGGCGCUGACGCUGACUUACUCCUGGGAAUCUGACAUCAUUCCCAACUCGGAGUCCGGAGUGCCCAAUCUCGUGCGCCACAUGAUCUUCGACAAGCUGUUCAAGCUGAAGCACGUGGUGAACAUGACGUGCACGUACAAGCAGCUGAACCGAGAGUGCAGCCUGUUCACGAACGACGGCCGGUACGUGAUCGUGGGCGCGGCCACGUUCAUCCCCGAGGAUCGACCGUACUUCUACGAGAUGUACAGGAACAACGAGUCGCUGACGCCGACGCAGCGCUGCCCGCUCGAGGACUACACGCUUUACGUGGUGGAUCUGCACAACGGCUGCCUGUCCGACUGCCGCGACUUCAAGGUGGACAAGAUCUUCCUGUCGCACAACCAGGGCCUCUACCUCUACAACAACACGCUGGCCGUGCUGUCAGUGCAGCACCAGCUCAUCCACAUCUUCGAGGUGCAUCGCGGCAAGCUGCAUCGCCUGCGCACCAUCGGCCGCUUCUGCUGCGGCGAGCCGCCGCCCACGCGCCAGCUGCAGACGGAUCGCGCCGAGCCGCCGCCCUUCCGCGAGGUGGCCAUCAACACCCUCAAGCACAGACUGCUGGUGUUCCUGUUCCGGCGCGCCAAGCACCUGCACGACACCUUCGGAGACAAGCUGGCGCUGCGGAAGUUCUACCAGCACUUUGACCACUAUCGGCAGCUGAGGAUGUGGAAGAUGCAGCUGCUGGACGACAAUCACCUGCUGAUUAAGUACUCGAGUGAGGAAGUGGUGACGCUGAAGCACGCCGAACCGAGCAGUCAGCCGUGCUUCUUCGUCAUCUACAACAUCUGGGAGACCAAAGUCCUCGCCGUCUACGACAACGCAUCCGAGGAGCUGCUGUAUCUGUUCGAGAACUUCUGCGAUCACUUCCGCAACGCCAAGGCGAACUCCGGCUUCCAGUUCACCGCGUCUCCGUCCAACAACAUGUACGCCAAGCUCAUCCAGCAGCGCUUUCAGCAGACCAUCAUGAACGCCAAGGGCGGCGGAAAGGUCGAGGCCACGAAGCGCAUCCUGGCGCAGUUGCCCAUCAGCUCGCAGAGCUUCAGCAGCUCGCCGUACCUCGAUCUCUCGCUCUACAGCUACGACGACAAGCUCGUGUCCGUCAUGGAGCGCCCCAAGGCGUGCACGGAGUACCCAAUCAGAUUCUUCGCCAGGGAUUCUGGGCUCUUGAAGUUCAGGAUCUUCCCUGGACUGCAAGGCAAAUAUCUACAGCCGUCCUCGCGUCAUCUGGUCGCCUUCACCUUCCACCCAACGGAUCCCUUCGCCAUCAGCGUGCAGCGCAUCAACACGGACUACAUCGUCAAUUUCCACAUACGCAGUGCCACUUAGAGACAAUAAAGGACUGGGAAUCACGAA